UGCGUGCACAUCAGCCGUCUCUCAGCACCCGGGACUUUGCCGUGCAUGUGAGUGUGUGAGCGAGAAAGAGAGAGCGAGCGCGAGAGAGAAGGGGAGUGUGUGUGUGGGAUCGUGCGGGAGCCUCUGCACUGAGAGAGCAGGGGAGAGCGGCGGAGAGGACGGGGAGAAGAGAGGGGAGCGAGCCGGAGUCUUGCUGGGGCUACGGGAGGAACCACUCGCCACUGGAACGGAGGCUGUUAAUGUGUAACAACUCCUCACAACUACUGUGCCUGCCUGCCCGCCUGCCCCCCCGCCCGGCUAACUUCAACCAUGGCAUAGCCCCCCUGCCUACCAGCCAGCCAGCCUCUAAUCCUCAGAGGGACAUGCAAGGGCAGUACCGGGGAUCUAGACGCUCUCAUCCUUUUCAUCAGUGAUUUACAUCUGAGGAACCAUGGUGAGCAAGGAGGGCAGCAAGUGUGCGCUCAUCAACUCAGAGUCCGACUCUGAGACAGCGCCCUCGGCCUCGCUGGUGCUGGAGGUCAAGCACUCGCUGGACGCCAGCCGGCAGGUGCGGAAGCGGAACAAGGCCUUGCAGGUGCGGUUCAAGGACAUCUGCGAGGCGCAGAACGAGCAGAGAGAGGCGGCGAGGCAGGCAGCAGCCGGAGGCAAACCGGUCUCCUACAAGGCGGCGUACCGCAAGUACAUGACGGUGCCGGCUCGCCGCUCCAUCCCCAACGUGACGCGCAGCACGGGCGUGCAGACGUCGCCCGACCUGAAGAAGCGCUACCAGACCUUCCCCUUCGAGCGCAAGAAGGGCCACGGGCACACCAUCAAGCAUGUGGCGGCCGUGGAGAGCUACAAGGGCCAGAACAACGGCUUCCUGCUGGACCUGAAGCAGCCCAGGGCGGGGGCAGAGGAGGGCAGCGUGGAGGGCGCGUGCACGGGGAGCGGGGUCUGGAGGACCAGGGCUCUGCUCCAUACCAGCGAGUGUGUGGCCACGGUGGAGCAGCACGCCGCCCUGGUUUCAGACGGCCCAUGUUCAGACUCUGCUGCACGGCGGCUCAGCUGCAGCACCGCCGACUCCGACAGCCUCCUCCCCAGCGCCGCCCCGCAGGCGGACUACCAGCUGUGCAGCGUCAGCUCCAAGCCCAGGAGAGGACUACCACACGGGGAGCCCGACCCGGACCGGCCGUCGUCCAAGCGCCAUCUGCUCAACCUGGAGGAGGGCUCGUUGCGGACCCUGCCGGACCGGACGCCCACAGUCUUGGGCCCCAUCGCCUGGAACUCCCUGACUCAGGUGGAGUGCCUGGACAGUCCGGGCGUGCGCACCAAGCGCAAGAAGGGUGUGCAGCUCAAUGGGCUGCAGUCUCAGACCCUGCCGAGGGCUGCAGGGGGGGGCUGCACCACGCAGGCCCAGUGCCACUCUGGACCCUUCUCUCCCCAGCCUCGGAUGCAGCCUCCGCGGGGGGCCGUGGAGGAGGCGGAGGGCGUGAAGGCAGCGAGCGAGGGUGAGGUGUGUAAGCAGAUAGUGCCUGUGACAAAGGAAGGGGAUGUGAAGGCACAGCUGCAGGCCAUGGAGAACCUGAUCAGCUCCAGUCAGGAAACCAUCAAAGUGCUGCUGGGGGUCAUCCAGGAGCUGGAGAAAGGGGAGGCCCACCGAGAGGGACUCUCCUAUCGAACGGGACAGGACACGGCCAACUGUGACACGUGUCGGAACAGCGCGUGCAUCAUUUACAGUGUGGAGCUGGACUUCAAGCAGCAGGAGGACAAGCUGCAGGCGCUGAUGACGAGGUUGUGCCCUGCGGAAGACGCCCCCUUCUCCACCCUGCCUUACCCCCCGGAGGCCUACACCUCCACCCCCAAACGCAAGUCCAAAGCAGACUCCAAGAAGCAUGCCCGCUGGAAACUCUGGUUCCUGUGAACAGUUCCACAGUCAACACCGCCACACUCACUCACCAUGCCAUAGGAUUUAUGCAUCUAUCAAGGGGGGGAAAGGUUUCACAAAUAUAAUCCAGCCUGCUGUUUAAUGGCCUGGUCACCUGUAAUUCCUGUGAGGACUUGGAGAGGAUAUUGAGUUGGGCUUUGAAACGCCGGAAUCUGGAAUGGAAAACAAGCAGCAACCCUUCCCGGAGAAUAUAAUUUUUUGUCACGGUUACCGAAAAGGAUUCAAAGUUAUUUUGAACUAAUUUCCCGAAGCAGGGCGUGAAAUUACGCCACGGCAACUUAUUUGGAGAUCAGGGAGGUGAGGAGCCAAAUUGGAUUUCCUCCUCCUCUCUCAAUUUAAAUAUAUAAUUUGUAGCUCCCGUCUGGAGUCUAUUUCAAUUAUGUAUUGGUUCAGCAGCUGUCGGUCACGUUUCCAUUCACAUGUUGGGACUUGAUAUUUAUUGGUUCCUUUCUUCUCCUACUGAGGUUUGAGUAUGGGAGGGAAGUCGGCAAUCACGCAUGGCAAUGCCUGUCUCUCACACCAAUAGCAUAUAUCAGCAUAUCAACAAAGCACAACUAAACCACAAUCAGGAUGCAGUUUCACAAGAAAACUAUUUGACAAAAAUCACACGAACUGAUGAGAAGAGGAAAAUAAGGACAUAGGUACUUGGCGUGGACCAAGGAGUGUACUUGAGCAAGAUAUACAUUUAUUGGAGCAUUAUUAAAAUUUAUAUUUAUCGAAGAAUGUCUCUUUGAAUCCGUUGACUUUGAGAUAAAAUGAUAAAAAUUAUACAUAUUUUUUAUAAACAUACAUUUGCCAAGGUCGGCAUCUCAAUGUACUUUUCUACAAAAACAUAUGAACUUGUAUCUUACUUUAAGGUUUAUUGGAACACACAGUAUAUCUGAGUUGCUGUGAACGAGGACAGUUCCUUUGAGAUUAUUUCCUUACAUUCGUUCCAAUUUGAUCGUCUUCUACUACUAUUAGGUCAAAGAGAAAAUCACUUCUUGGAGAACAAAACAGGGGGUACCCCAAUAUCAUAGCUGCUCCACCAGCUUUCUCUCUCCCCAUCACGAGUUAGCACACCAAACCACCUAGGUCCUGUCCUGUGGAGGUGACGAGGAGGGACCUCCUGUGUACUCGUACUGCCCCGCCCCAGUCACACAGGUGGGGGAUGCAGGCGUGACUGUACUACCAUGUAGUCCUGCUUCAUGAGACUGAAGGACUGAAGGUUCUGUCACUGAACUGGAGCUUCUAGCAGCACAGGGUACAGGCCCAUUGCCGCGCAUGCUUUCUAUCACCUUGGCUCUCGCUAGGUAUGCUUUUUUUUUUUACUUUUCAAAAAAAAUCUACAGUCAAGAAAUCAUUUCUAAAAAGGUUGUUUGAAGAAGAAAAAAACCAACAACUUUUUCUAACAAGAUGGGGGACACCUGAGUCUCUCCCACCCCGUCCGCCCAACAGAUUGUAAAGUCCUCCGGUGGAGGUUGAUAGAAACAUUGUACAGUCAAAAUAUUUCUAUAUGUGCAACAUAUCUAAUAGGGCUAAUUACAUUAUGAGUGGAAUAGCGAAACGGUAAAAAAAAUUGUCAUUACAGUUAGAAACCAGCUAGAAGAGUGUACGCCCCAAGUCAUUAACUCAGCCAAAAACACUGCCCCCUAUAGACAGAAAUGUCAAAGUGGUUAUAACGCAGGAAUCAAAUCUUACUUUGCUCUUUACACAGCAUUACAUUACUGACUGGGUCAGGCUGGUGGUCAAAAUCUUCUCUGCUUUCUGUUAGCCACAUGUAAUUCACCCCCACCACUUUCAUAUAUAUCGAGUAAUGGUUUCUCCAAUAGUUGUACUGUAGCAUAAGGAGAGAACUAAAUGUUUAUCUGUACCUUAAAGAAGUGCAAUUGAUUUACAAUGUGCAAUACUGUGUAUUUUAUACUGUUUUUCAAUCAAAUCUGAAGGCAUUUAAUAUACAAAAUAAAAUGUGAUAAAUAAACAUUUAA